CUUCCAGCCUCACCCUCAAUUUGCAGAGUUUGCAGAGGUGGUUGUGUUAUCUCGCUCCCUCUUUCCCUCGCCACUUUUUUAUAUCCUUGAUGGCUGACAUUUUCGUUGAUAGGCUCGAAGAGUUUAGGAGAAAAAAUAAGGAAAUAGAAGAGGAUGAGAAAGAGUAUGAGGAGGAUGUGGUGCUUCUUGAGGCUUCUGAAUUGAAUCGGAAAGUAGAUGAGAUUGAGUUGAUGUUAAAUGAAGUUCGCGACCUUCAAGGUAAAAUUGUCACAAACCUAUCAAGUCAAAAUGGAGAUUUGAAAGAGAGGCAUGCAAAGCUUCUGGCAGAGAUCAAGAAGCUGUCACAAACUGUUCAGAAAGGAUUAAAGCGCUUUCAGGAUGACAUUAAACGUGAUGAACUGGGCCCUGAAAGAAAUUCAGCUGACCUAAGAAUAAAGAAAAGUCAUUGUUCUGCCUUGAGCCGUAAACUAAAGAAUAUCAUGUCAACCUAUGCUCAGCUGGAGGAACAGCACAAAGAAAAGUGCAAGGAUCUGAUAAAAAGACAAAUGCGAAUAGUUGAUUCUAAAGCUGAUGUAUCUGAUGAAAAAAUUGAAGAAAUGUUGGAGUCAAAUGAAGUGUCCGUAUUCACUCAAGAUGUAUUGAUUCAAACAUCUCAGAAGAAACAAGUUCUUGAUGAAGUAGAGGCUCGAAGAACAGAAAUACGUGAACUGGAGCAAAAUUUAAAAGAACUUUACGAAAUGUUCUAUGACAUUAUGCUUCUCAUUGAUUCUCAAGGAGACCUUGUAGAUAAUAUUGAAUAUAAUGUUGAAAAAGCAGGAGCCUAUGUUGAAUCUGGUGCAAAAGCAGUAGUUGGUGCAGCUAGAAUGAAGAAAAAGAACACAAGGUUGCGUUGGAUUAUCUGCUGUGUAGUGACCACUAUCAUCAUUGUUCUGGUUAUAGCUGUAGCCAUCAUAGCAGUUGUAGCUGUUUAUCUUCUGAGGGGUAAUAACACUGACAUUACUGUGCAGAAUCCGGUUAACAGAGAACUCUCAGAACUAUCACAAAGCUACAUAUAAUUUUUGCUGCAACAUACAAUAAUGUACAAUAUAUUGCAUCACUUCCAUUGCUUUUAACAAAGUUUUUUUUCAACAAUGCAA